AUGGAGUCUCAACACCCAGAGCCUGCUGAUAACAAUGACGGCCAUCUUCGCAACUUCGAUGAGGCUUGCCGACAACUGGCGGCCGCCAUGAUUCGCCUCUGUGACAUGCCCAAAACCACGCCAGAUGGCCUCGAGCCGGAAUUCGCGGCGUCGAGACUCGUCAGUCUAGAAAUCGAGGCUCGGAAACACGGUCAAGUCGCCUUUCCCAUCCAACCCUGGCAGGUGUUUCACUUGGGACACAUUUAUUUCAGAUCACUCGACAUACAUUUACAAGCCGAUGAUCACUGGACAGACGAAGUGAGAUGCGACUACUUUGAAUCGAGCCAGCAGUUUGUCCUGCGAUGGAAUUCCAAAGCUCAUGAGGUACUCCGGACGGAGUUGCGGUCCAGUCUCCACGCUCACCUGCGCUCCCUGCACGGUCACUGGCCCGAUACAGCUGCUGGAAGAUUUGCCCAAGAGAUCCGCUACUGCGGUUACGUCGCGGUUAAAUCUAUCAGUGAUAUUUUCUCCAACCGACAUGAUCCAGACAUUGCCCUUGGACAUCCCUCCGCUAGGUAUCCGGGUGUAAUUAUCGAAGUUGCAGGAUCUGAAAAGGGGAAAGCGCUGGAACAACUCGCAAACGAAUACCUAUGUCACUCUGGUGGCCAGAUCCGCGUCAUGGUUGGCAUUAUGACGGAAUUUGCUGACGAGAAGGGAAACAAGAGUAAGAAGGCCACAUUUUCUGUCUGGAAGCCGCAGUCGACUACUCAAGAUGGGAAGCAAUCGGUUCAUGCAGCCUGCACUGCCAGUGAGGUGAUGUUUCGAAAUGAGGACGGUGUUCCCAAUCUAGACGCCGAGUUGAGGUUCUCCCUGAGCGACUUCGCGGCUCCAGCUGUUAUCAAGCGUUUCGAUCCAUUCGUCGACCACACUAUCCCCAUCACUGCCGCUGAGCUUUGUGCGUGUCUCAAGAAAGCAGAAAAGUUCGAGACCACCACGGAUUGA